AUGCAAACUAAGAUUUAUCCAAAAAUAGAGGAACUUAAUAACAUUCGUUGCAUAAGUUAUCGACAAUUGCAUUCAUUACAUAACACAAAGACAGCGUAUUCGACACUCAGUUUGUUUUUACGAAAUCGUACAUGUGCAAAAAUGGCUGUAAAAUUAUGUUACACUUCUGAAAUUUUUAAUCAUCACAACGGUGUACAUUCUUUACAAGAAUUUAAUCCCAGAUUAACUUCAACUAGUCAACAUAAAGUAGUAGACUAUGAAGCGGUGAAUCCAUUUAUCAAUAAUCAAACAUCAUACACGCAUAUUUCAAAAUAG